AUGGCUCUGGUCAUGAACAAUGAGUCUCCUCGGCCAUGUUCUCAGACCGAUUCGGUAGAUAUUCGCAGCGGCAGGACCUCGUGGGCAGCCCGGCUCCAUCCACCACCUCCCGCCUUGAGAUCCGGCCGCACCGACCCCGACCUGGCGUUUUAUGGCGUCGACCUGACCUCGUUCGAUGGUGUGCAAACGUGGAAGGACUUGGACAAGUUCGCCGAGCUGGGGUUGACGUUGGAUGCUGAAGAAGAAGACGAGUAUCCAGUCCGCGUAGUCGACUUUCCGCGGUUCUCCCUCGAAAAAUCCGGUCUCAGUCCUGUCGAGGAAGUCCCGAGAGUUGUGAAGCCCUUCCACAAAUGGAUGAAGACGCUCCAGCGGCGGGCCCAACACCGCUCGAAGACUCAGGCCAGCACAGAGAGCGAGGAGCCCUUCCCCGAGUUUCUGGACGACGACAUGUCCUACAGUGGCCACAGGAAAUCGUCCUCUGAAUCAUCAUUCGGAUACGUGACUGGGGUCAAGAGCGCCAGUGUCAGCAUGGCCGGGAGUGUCAUGACGCGCUCGAGACGGGAUACAGCACGAUCUUCACACUAUGCCAGGACGGAUCGCAGUAGCAGGGCUUCCAUGUCGGCUGAGAGACGCUCCGAGGAUAGUGUCCGCCUGGAGCGCAUAGUGACCGAUCCUGCUGUCACCGAGCGCCUGCUCCAGCGCCGACGUAUACUUGAAGAGUUGAUCAGCACCGAGGAGAGCUAUAUUGGUGACAUCAAGUUUCUAAUGAACGUUUAUGUUACAAUACUUGCUUCUCUUCCUACGCAACAUCCAGGUCUGCGUUCUUCCAUCAAUCGGAAUUUGACAGAUAUCGUCGAGUUGCAUGAAGAGAUUCUCGGCGACCUUCACCGAACAGUCCCAAACUCCGAGUAUACCCAAAUAGAACAGCUACCCACCACGCCGCGGCCAGCCUCGAAACCCUCUCACCACCAGAGAUGGCGCAGUCUUGAUUCUGUACCGGAGGAUAAAGGAGGAAUUUCUUGGUUACAAAAUGUCCCUGGCAUGACAGCAGAGCCGGAUGUCGCUGCUGAUGUAGCGAGAGUAUUUCGCGAACGGAUGCAUCGGUUCUUUGUCUAUGAAGAGUAUGGUGCCAAAUACGAGAUGAUGAUCAGAGAUGUUGCAUCUGCUCACAGAACCAUGCCUCAGUGGGAAACGUAUCAGAAGGGUCUGGAGGCUCUGGCAGCAUCUCUCGGCGCCGUCAAUCGUCAUUCCGACCGCUCGAGAAAAUCACUUACCAUUGGUGAUCUCUUGGUAAAGCCAAUCCAACGAAUCUGCAAGUACCCGUUACUUUUUGCCGAACUACUCAAGUAUACACCUGUAUAUGAUUGCCCCAACGCUCAUGCCGAGAUUGAAGAGGUCCUGGUUCGCCUUCGUGAAGCUACGUCUGAAAUCAACAGAGCCACGGAUGACCCUUCUGUGAAGGUAACUAUGGAAAAGACCUGGCUUUUACAGGAUCGUCUUGUGUUUCCCAAUCAGUCUUUUGACGCGGCUCUGAAGACAACGGUACGAUCCCUAGGACAGAUUCAGCUAUGCGGUGCACUCCACGUUUGCUGGCAGACCAGAGACGGCGCGGACGGGCAGUAUAUGAUUUGUCUGCUGUACAAAGAAUAUCUGUGCCUCGCUACUGCCUCCAAAGUCGACCAAAUCUACACUGUCCAAGCCUGUAUUGGCUUGAAUACCAUCAAAAUCGAAGAAGCUGACAAUGGGCGAGGACUACAAUGCCACACGGCACCCUUCUCUUGGAAAAUCAUAUUCGAACCCGAAGGAGGAGGCAGAGUGGCGAUCUCGUCUCGCGGACUCGAUCCCGAACGAAGCACAGGACCGAACGGAGCCACUACUGUGCAGCUCGCUUUCAUUGAAAAUCAAAAGCCUCGGGACUGUCUUUGGAAAACCGGGGACUCGGGCGGCGCGGGCUCCGAGUCUCCAAUCAAUCGUUCACAGUCGCUCUUGACCACAACCGCAAGAAUCCCGGUCCUGGCACCGUCCCGGAGCGAGCGAGCGAGGAUUGAGGCGCUGCUGACCGACGUUUGGAGCCGCAAGGUGUUGCCGUUCCCCGGUAUAACAACUCGGGCACGGAGUGAACAUCUCGUCCGCACCUCAGCUUCGACGAUGAUGCGGAAAUUAAGCGUGGCGAGCAUCACGAACUCCUUUUCCAAGAGGUCCACAAGUUCUGCCAGCUUGAACACCGUCAAAGCCAGCGACGAAGAGCCAGCUCAUGGUGACAACUUUGCCGAUCCGCUUGUCGCGCUCAACUGUGACUUCUCGUCCUCUGCUCUGAAUAUCGAUCAGGCGCUAGACGACAUUCAACGGCUCCCUGUAAUACGGGAUGAGAUCGAACGGGCCAGCACUUGUAGUCGAAGCAUGCGCUCAACGGAUGGGGGCACCUUGUCCGGGACCGUGAGGAAGCUUGAUAUAUCCAAACUGGAUCCGGACGCGGCCGAAGGCCCGUGCCUGGUGGAUGACACGGUCUUUGGAGGGCCGAUUUUGCGGGCAUCCUCAGCGAACAGUACGCCUCCGCCCAGAGCCGCUUCUCCUUCACUCAAGCCAACAUGCUCGGCGUCGUCGUCGUCCUCGGCAGAGAAGGAGAACAACUCGCAGUCAAAAUCGGCUAAACGGCCGGUCCAGGAGACAGCCGGCCAUGCGAAAUCUGCGAAUAAGCGAUCCAAAGUCGGUGCCAUCAACCGCGGUCUGGUGGCCGGAGCCAUUCGCAGUUUCUUCCGCUGA